GUAUUUGUAUUUUGAAUCUAACCUUUUCCCGUUGCGUUCGAUGUGUAAAAUUUGAUGAAUAUUCUUUUAAUUCUAUUCCGUAAAUAAUUAAAGGUGCUAUGGCUUCUUGUUCCGCUUACAACUGUAGUAAUAAAAUUGGAGCAAAUAUUGAAGGCAUCACAUUUCACAGAUUCCCAUUAUCCAAACCAGAACUGCUGAUCAAAUGGCUGUCAGCAAUGCGCAAGGACAAGUGGGUACCUAACAAGGCAGAUGUUCUCUGCAGCUUUCACUUCUCAGAUGACCAAUUUGUUGAAAAUAAUGGUUAUAGAUUUCUUAUCCCUACUGCUGUCCCAUCCAAGUUUGAGGUCUUGGCUCCACCUAAGAGCCUGUUCCCAACUGAGUGGAGUGCAAGACUUCUGACGAUUCGGGACAUUGAGUGUGACAACCGCAAGGGCUACGUAGUGGAGGCUCGUAUCCCUCUGGCAACCAAAGAGGAGUUCACCAAUUGGCUGGAGGCCCAUGAGAAGCUGGCUCAAGUGAAUUACGUACUCCUACGCAAUUACCCCAUCGCCAACAAGAACUUGUCUUACAAGGCGGAGUAUGUGUGUGUGUAUGGAUCAGCUGCUGCACGUCCGAACAAAAGUGACAAGCCCUGUCCUGCCCGAUUGCUCGUCCGGAUCAGAGUGGAUCCUAAAUUUAGGUAUCGUAAACCACUUGAAGAAGGACACGUACCUGUGGUUGGUUAUCCAUGCAACAUUGUUCUGUAUCAUUUGCAUAACCAUAAUAUAGGUUCAAAUACCAUAGAGACAAAGCUUGCUCCCUCUGAAGAGGUGUCUUCAAUUGUGAAGCAAAAGUUCAUUGAGAUGUUCAAGGGUGGUUAUACAGUAGAUAUGGCUCUAGCCACCCAUCAGAAAGAUCUUUUUGAGGAAUAUACGGAUGAAUACGAUGAAGUUUUGAAUGACUCGUAUGUCUGUCCAACUAUUGAGUGGUUGGUGAAGUUCCAUGAAAUUUUCUCUGAGGAAUUUGAGUGGAAUGAUUCUAAAAUGGUCAAUAUUUUGCAAGAAGAAAUUGAAGAUAUCAAUGCCUCUAAAGGAAGUGCUACUAUGGCGACAGAGGGAGAGGAUGUCAUUGUGGUGCUUUCAACCCCUCUCAUGCAGAGAGCACAUUCCAUGAAGGCCUCUGGGGAAGUUGUGUUUGUAGACAAUUCAGUGUAUUUGGAUCGAUGCAGAUGCUUUGUGUAUGUGAUCAUGGCUUACAGCUGCACCGAAGGUCUACCACUGGGCUUACUGAUCACGACAUCUAACACGGAAGAAAUCCUCACUGCUGGUUUCAAAUUGUUGGCUGACAUUCUUCCUGAAAAAGCUUUUGGUUCUUUCGGAAGGCAGGGCCCAGAAGUUUUUCUUACUGCAAACAAUGAUGCACUUCAGAACAGCUUGAAAGCCGUAUAUCCAGAAUCUGCAGUUUUGUUGUGUGCAUACAACAUGUCACACGAACUCUGGCGCUGGCUUUGGGACCCAGACAAUGCCAUCGAGGAGUCUGAUCGCUGCACCCUGUUCUCGUUAGCUUACAAGAUAAUGCAAACAAAAAAUGCUGAAGAAUUCAAUGAGUUGAAUGAGAUUAUCAUGGCAAAUGAAACUGUGCAAAAAUAUGAACAGUUCAAAAGCCACUUUGAAGAAAUUAAAGGCGUUUCAGACAGAUGGGCUGUUUGUUUCAAGAAUGAAAUACUUGACAAAGACAAAGAGAUCAGUGGCAUUGAAAUGGCCAGCCAUGUUUUGAAAGAUAAGGUUUUUCUCAAUAAAGCUUAUAACGUCCUGCAAUUGUUGAAAUAUUACACAGACACAAUGGAAACUUAUUAUCGCCAGAAAAUAAUUCACUGCAUUAACAAUACAUUGGAGUCAUUUCUCCUGUCAUCAUUCCAGCCCGAAAUGAGGGAGACUUCCGAUCUCAUCGUAAAGACGACUCCCGUAGGACAGUAUGAAGUGAAAAAUGCCAAAAGUGGUAAAUCAUAUUUCGUGGACAUGAAUAUCUGUGUCUGUUCUUGCAAUCUGGGCAUCAAUGGGGCUCGAUGCAAACAUUUAUAUGCCGUAUGUGUAGCUAAGAAAGCAGAUUUCAUCAGUUUGGUGCCCAAUGAUGAUAUUAUCAAGAAGGAGCUGUUUUGGAUUGCCACUGGGACAAUGAAGACUGGCACGUUCGACAUCCAAAUGGAUGUCGACGAGGAAAGUGAAUCAGACUUGGUCGCAUCGCCUGUUAAAGGAGCAAGCACCAGUGGUGAUUCCUUGAGAAAUCAGAAGGAGGAGUCGAAGAAAAUACUCGAGAGAGUAGUGAAAAAUAUCAUGCAGAAAUAUGACUCAAAUCCCACAGAAUUUCACAAAGCUAUUGUUACAGCUGCGGUCAACUACCAAAAUCUCAACAACGAUCGAGAGAUUCUAGCUGCUCUAAAGUACUUUGGGAAAAAUACUUUUAAGUAAUUUGGUAGUUUGUUUCAAAAGUAAGUUUCAGAGCUUAAUUUUUUUUUACAUAGAUUUUCUAACAGAUAAGUUCCCUACUUCAAAAAUUAAAAGAAAAAGAGAUUUAUUAAAUUAAAAUGUUUACUAAAUCACUAAUAAAAAGAACACAUUUUAUUUCUGGGGAUGCUAAGUAAACAUUAAGUGCAUUAGAAUGAUCUUUUAAAGAUUAUUCUUUUUUUUUUUAGAUUAUUUUUUAAGUAAAAUGGUUUUUCCCGAAUUUUAUUUACAUUCAGCGAUAAAAUGAUUUGGUUUUGAUUUUUCAAGUAUUUGUGUUUUAGAAAACUGCAUUUCAGAGUAAACUUUUUAAAAAAUAUUCUGUUUGGAUACAGUAGAAUAUUGACAUUCAUGUUUAAAGAAUAUUUUGUUAGAAAAGCCUACAGCAAGUUCAAUUAUAUUAAAUAUGACCACAUGAGCAGAAGGGGUUACUCUAUGGUUUCAUCAUUUUUACAAAACAUUUUGACAAUGCUGUGAAAUGCCAGAGUUGAGGCUUGCUUUCAUUUUUUUUCUUAUGACUUAAAAGAGGGUAGCCACCUAUGAUGAGAUAAUACUGUGACCAGAGGUCUUGUACAAUCAUUCUUUUAGGAAUCUGAAAUUCCUUUUUCUCUCUUUGUUUGACUUUUUGCAGCCAAACAUUUAACCAAAUAUUAGAAAUAACCAAAGGGGAAAGGGGAAUACUGUGAAAAAAUGUUUUGUAAAAGGAAGUGGACUCGUUCAAUCCGUAUGACCUUUUCAAUUUUAUAUUGUAAGAAUGUUUUUUUCCAUGUGUUUUUAAAAGUUAACAAAAUUCAGCAUUAUCAAUUCCUUGUGUCUUUCAGUUUGUUUUAAACAUAUUGACUCUCAGUAAAUUUCAUAUGACAUUAAUUUUUCCUUUCUUGAAUUUAUCACAAUAUGUAUUCCAUUUUUUUAGCAUUUGAGUAUGGCUACAAAUAAUUUGUUGCAUGUUCCAUUUUCAUUUACUUGUAUAAAAGAUAAAUAAAUAAAAUGAAAUCUA